UGGUCUCCCUCUUGCAAUGUUAUUCUUGCAAUGUUAUUCUUGCAAUGUUAUUCUUGCAAUUGGAUAUCACGACAACAUGCCCGACAACAUCUCAACCUCUUCAAUAUCUUUCCCAAGCCAGGAACGUGUCCCAAAAUACAUCACAGAGGGAAAGUCCACCCUGCUAAAUGGUAGUAACACUAUUCACCUGGCCUCUUCUAGCAGCAUGGGCAAGAGAGCUAACGUUUAUCGCAGCUACCUCAACACAGCCAAACCAGUCACUUUGUCGUCCCUCCCACCCGAACUCCCCAUCGAGAUUUUCAAACACUUUCAUACCACAGAUACCGUAUGCUUGGCUCUCACCACCACGAACUCAUGGGCAAUCUUCAAGGGCGCUUUCUCAGGACUCUUCCCCAUCCGUUUUCGUGCAAUGAACGAGGGAAUUUUACAACAACCUGCUUUCCAAAACCUUCUCUCCUGGAUAGAGCCAACCGUCUUCGGUUUCGACUCCCCAAUCUUCGUCCUCACAAAAGAACGACAUGACAAGUUUUUUCGAUUGCAGAAAGCAUGGGAGAUAAACCAGCAGGUUUGUCGUGAGGUACAGGAGACGAUGGGAUGGAUUGGGAAGCAGGUUUCAGGGGUUCGGUGGCGCUAG